AUGCCACACCAACAGCCCUCCACUACGCCAUGGCAAGACCGCUUGGCAGAUGCGUGCCGUGAAUACCAGAUCCAGGCUCCUCACUUCCAAAUCGUCUCUGACCGACGAGGUGGCCGCACUGCUUGGUCGAGUAUAGUUACCGUGUACGGCAAGCGGAUCGAGGCGCGCUACUGGUACGACGGGAGGAACAUAACCAAUGCCCGAGAGGAUGCCGCGGAGGCGGCUCUCACCUGGCUCUCAAAUCACCUGGCUUCGAACUGGUGA